GGAAGAGGGGGCGGAACGGUGGCCGGAGAGUCGUACACGUGUGCGCGGGCGCGCACGCAAGUGUGUGUAAGCGCCUCCUUCGACGCGGUCGUGUCCGUCGCGGUUGCUCGGUGUGCGCUGGUGCGGAGGAGACCGUGGAGGUGCCAGCAGCAGUAGCAGCAGCGGUGGUGGCGACCCGGAGCGGAGUGUGUCAGUCGGUUGGCAAGUCUCGCGCGGCGCGCGUUGUACUCGCGUACUCGUGUAUGACUCAGCAACGCAGGCGGACGAGACGAUAGCGAAAGACCCGCCGUAGACAUCGCUGUAGACGACGACGACGACGAGGACAAGGACCGCGACCAGGGUGAGGUGAGGUGGUGGUAGUGGUGGUGGUGGUUCGGUUAGUCGCGGCGGUGGUGAGACGGUGGUGCGCUGUUGCUCUGCUGCUCUUCUGGCCUCCCCUGGCCUCCCCUGGCUUCUCUGCCGUCGUCUGCUGGAUCCGCGCUGACCGCUGACCCGGUCCAUGUGCCCCUCUGCCUAAAAUGCUCAUCAAGGAAUUCCGUGUCACUCUGCCCCUCACAGUGGAAGAGUAUCAAGUAGCUCAACUGUACUCUGUAGCAGAGGCCAGUAAGAAUAAUACAGGGGGCGGAGAAGGUAUCGAAGUGCUGAAGAAUGAGCCGUUUACGGAUUAUCCUCUACUGGGUGGAAAGUACUCGUCAGGCCAAUACACAUAUAAGAUUUAUCACUUAGCUAGCAAAGUGCCUGCUUUUAUUCGCAUUUUAUUGCCAAAGAACUCGCUGGAGAUCCAUGAAGAGGCUUGGAACGCUUACCCCUAUUGUAAAACAGUCAUAACUAAUCCAGGAUAUAUGAAGGACAAUUUUGUGAUCAUGAUAGAAUCCUUUCAUAUUGGCGAUGUCGGCAAUCAACAUAAUGUUCACGAAUUGCCGCCCGAUAAGCUCAAGAUUAGAGAAGUAGUACACAUAGAUAUUGCAAAUGACCCGGUCGCCAGUGCCGAUUACAAGGAGGACGAGGAUCCGACCAAAUUCAAAUCUCAGAAAACGGGACGGGGUCCUCUCGUAGGGAAGGAUUGGAAGCAUAAUGUUCAGCCUGUGAUGACGUGCUACAAGCUAGUCACUUGUGAAUUCAAAUGGUUCGGUCUACAGACCCGUGUUGAAGGGUUUAUUCAGAAGGCAGAACGGCGCCUAUUUACCAAUUUUCAUAGGCAAGUGUUCUGCUGGAUAGAUCGUUGGCAUGGUUUAACUAUGGAGGAUAUUAGAGCUAUUGAAGACAAUACGAAAGAAGAAUUAGACAGGCAAAGACAUCAAGGAGAAGUGCGGGGUAUGCGCGCUGAUGAUUGAGACUUUGAUAGCUUCUGUUAUGAAUGGUUAAAUCAAUUUCCUUAUACAUGUCAACACAAAUACAUACGCAUACCUACAGAUGUA